AUGACCACGACAGAUAUUGCUGGGGAAGCAGUUGAAACGGGCAAAGCCGCUUGUGGGUGGGACUUUAUCGUGCUCAUGAGCCGGCAAGGCAAGAUUCGCUUGAGUGAAUUCUUUUCAUCCUAUUCAGAAUCGGAUAAGCGUCGUAUUGUCCGUGACAUUCAAGCUGAUAUCCUUCCCCGGGCUCCAAAGAUGUGCAACAUUAUUGAAAAGGGCACUUACAAGUUCGUCUACCGGCGCUACGCGUCCUUGUACUUUGUGGUCGGCGUACCACAAGGUCUCAACGAACUUAUAGUGUUGGAACAGAUCCAUUUGUUUGUGGAAGCUCUGGAUGGAUAUUUUAAUUCCGUUUGCGAACUGGACUUGGUAUUUUCCUUGCAUAAGUCACUUUUGAUUCUUUUUGAGAUGUUUAUUGGUGGUAUGUUGUGCGAGUCAAACAAACGCGAAGUCCUGAAGGCGAUUGUAGAAGCAGAGGAAUUGGUCGAAGAAAUGACCAAACCUGGUGAAGACACGGCUUCACAACUGGACGACGGUCUGUCCUUUCAGGAACAAUUUCAGCUCGGCCGUACUCCAGGCCGACGUCAGGGAAACAGUGGACCGGGACGGCGAUAA